UGGCAGCAUCUCUUUGGAACGACGCUGAUUUGUUGAUCACGGAAAAUGACGCAGGCACGUCCGCAGCCUAGCAGCGGAAAAGAGACGGCGUAAACAAAGCCGACAGCAACAAACCAGCUAAUGCUCAAUGUCCUAUCGCCAUGUAGCAUAUUGUGGUUGAGGAUCGUUCGGCUGAAGCUGAAGCACGGCUGGAGAGAGGAGGCGCUCCUGGAUAGAUGACCAUUGAUCGCAGUCAUCUGGACGCGGAGUGCGAUGUUCAGUCUGAUGGCGAACUGCUGCAACUGGUUGAAACGCUGGCGGGAGCCUGCGAGGAAAGUGACCCUGGUGAUGGUGGGCCUUGAUAAUGCAGGAAAGACAGCAACAGUGCGAGGAAUCCAGGGAGAUAAUCCACAGGAUGUGGCUCCCACUGUGGGCUUUUCCAAAGUAGACCUGAAGCAAGGAAAGUUUGAGGUGACCAUCUUUGACCUCGGGGGUGGGAAGAGAAUCCGAGGCAUCUGGAAAAACUACUAUUCAGAGUCACAUGGCGUGGUGUUCGUGGUGGACUCCAGCGAUGUCCAGCGAAUUCAAGAGACGCGGGAGACCAUGGCAGAGGUCCUCCAGCACCCACGCAUAGCCGGGAAACCUGUUCUAGUGCUUGCCAACAAACAAGACCAGGAGGGAGCACUGGCCGAAGCAGACAUCAUUGAGAACCUGUCCUUAGAGAAGCUUGUUAAUGAGAACAAGUGUCUCUGUCAGAUCGAGCCAUGUUCUGCUGUUUUAGGCUAUGGAAAAAAGAUUGAUAAGUCCAUCAAGAAGGGACUGAACUGGCUCCUCAAUAACAUUGCCAAAGACUAUGAGGCCAUUACUGAGCGCGUGCAGAAGGACACAGCUGAACAGCGUGCUUUAGAGGAGCAGGACAAGAAGGAGAGGGCAGAGAGAGUACGGCGGAUACGAGAGGAGAGAGAACGACAGGAGCGUGAAGAGGCAGAACGAGAAGGCCGGCCGAUCCAAGAAGAGGAGCCCAGUAACGAGGACAUUCAGAGCCCGUUUCAGCCCAUAGGAACCAUGAUUUCGGAGAAUGAAGAUAAAGAAAAAGAGAGGAAAAGGCAGGGAGAGCUGCAGGACGUCAGCACUAACAGCCUAAAGGCCGGGGUGGAUAGGGAGGAUGAGGAGUAUGAGGCUGAUAACGUUGAGGAGCCAGAUGAUACAAGACAAACAACAGAAAACGGUUCAGGUGAGCAAAGCAAAAAGAAGACGAGUAAGCUGCACCUGAAGAGGAAACACAGGGUAGACCCGCUUAGGGUGGAGGAUGGACCAGCGGAGAGCCCCACACCUCCACCCCCUCCUGUGGGAUGGGCCACACCCAAAGCCUCUAGGCUACCUAAACUAGAGCCACUUGGGGACUCGAGGCAUUCUGAGUUUUACAAGAAGCCUCUCCCACCGCUCGCAAAUAGGCCUCGGCCUAAUGGCGAUGCUCACGACGUCAUAUUAUAAACCAUCUUUACUGAUUGAGGUGAGCUCUUGGCCAAUCAUGGCUCUCUCCUUUGUUUUCUGUCUCAAGCAACUGGUGUAUAGACAGCCCAACUAAGCGAGUGAUUGUGGGUGUGGGAGCCGGCGACCAACCUCACUUGCCAAGGACACGGAGUAGAGCCGCGACAUGAAGCUGAUUUUUGAUGGACACAAUUCAGUGAAGCGUGCUGAACCUGCUUGAACAGGUUCUGUCUUCACUCAACAAAGCACAUUCAGUGCUGAACUUGUUUUUUGUUUGUUUUUUUGUUCAUAAUAUCAGUAUUAGAAGGUUUGGGCAACACAUGUCCAAUUGAAAUACUUUAAUUGACAAAGAAUGUAAAUAAAACCAUAUUUAUGUGUCUGUUAAUGAAAAAUGUGUCAGUAUACACGUUGCCAUUAAAAAUUCCCACAUUUCUCUUGGUUAUUUUUGCACCUUGAGAUUCAGAGUCAAAUCAUCAUCAUCAUCAUCAUCAU